CUCUUUCACUUUCUUCCUCACUGGUAAAAUCCCUAAUCGCCGGCAACAGCUACUUUGAGAAGAAAUGGCCAAGUCGAAGAAUCACACAGCCCAUAAUCAGUCCUACAAAGCACACAGGAAUGGAAUCAAGAAACCCAGGAAGCAUCGUCACAGUUCCACCAAAGGGAUGGAUCCCAAGUUUUUGAGGAACCAGAGGUAUGCUAGGAAGCACAACCCGAAGAGUGUUAAAUCCGCUGAGAAGUAAAUGAAUCGUUAUAAUAAUGGGCUAUUUAUUAUGACAGACAAUCUUUGAGUUUUUUGAUGUUUUGGUAUUUGUAAGGAUACUUGAGAGUUAGUAUGCAACCUUGUCUUGACUAUUUAUUACUCUUUCAAUGGGAACAGUUCAAUUUUACGCCAUUACGUGUUGUUAUGCUUAUUUAGCAAUUCGUCAUUUGUACAGUUGCUGUGUUUUUCAGUCUUGUUCAUUAUUAUAAUUUAGAAAUCUCUAGUUUGUCUUGUAAUACAAUUAUUUAGUUGGACUGAAAAGGGAUACAAUUAUAUAGUUAGACUGAAAAGGGAUUGAAGAAGGCUCUCAAUUUGGAGGAUUCACAUAGCAUACU